UAACUAAUGUUAAUAGUUUAAAAUAUGGCAUUUACAAUUAACAAAUUUGGAAGAUUAUUCCUAUAUACUCAACAUAAUCUUAUCAAACGUCAAACUUUGUCAAAGAUUUUUGUUGGAAACUUUUCCAUUAAAUCUGACAUUCCAGAAAUUGAAAAUGAUAAAGAGAAGCACCCAGCUCCAAUAGGAGAUGGAAAGAUUUUUAAAUCUGCUGAUGAAGUAAUAUCUGAUAUUUAUAAUGGCGCAAAAAUUUUAGUGGGAGGUUUUGGUCUUUGUGGAAUUCCUGAAAAUCUUAUUGAUGCUUUAUUAAAACGAAAAACUAAGGAUUUAAUUAUUGUUUCAAAUAAUGCAGGAAUAGAUGAUUUUGGUUUAGGUAAAUUACUUAAAGAAAAACAAAUUAAAAGAAUCAUUGCAUCAUAUGUUGGAGAGAAUGCAGAAUUUGAAAAACAAUAUCUAAGUGGACAACUAGAAGUUGAACUAACUCCUCAAGGAACAUUGGCAGAACGUAUAAGAGCUGGUGGUGCUGGUAUCCCUGCAUUUUAUACACCUACCGCAUGUGGUACUAUUAUUCAAGAGGGUAAUGUUGCUAUCAAAUAUAAUGAGGAUGGAAAAGUAGAAAUAUCUGGUGAACCAAAACCAGUCCAUCAAUUUCAUGGCCGAGACUAUGUAUUAGAAAGUGCAAUAAAUGGAGAUUUUGCCUUGAUUAAAGCUUGGAAGGCAGAUGCUGCUGGAAAUUUAGUAUUUAGAAAAUCAUCUAGAAAUUUCAAUCCUACUAUGUGUAAAGCUGCGAAGAUAUCAAUUGCAGAAGUUGAAGAAAUAGUCCCAGUAGGUCAAAUAGACCCUGAUCAUAUACACUUACCUGGAAUAUAUGUUGACAGGAUUAUUAAAGGACAAUGUUAUACAAAACGAAUAGAGAAACAAUCAACGAAACAAUCAGUAAAACCAGCUAGGGUUACUCCUGCAAGUAAAGCAAGACAUCGGAUAAUUAAAAGAGCAGCUCUUGAAUUUAAAAAUGGAAUGUAUGUUAAUUUAGGAAUUGGUAUGCCAAUGUUAACUAGUAACUAUAUUCCCAAAGAAUUGAAUGUAAUGUUACAAUCUGAAAAUGGUCUUUUGGGACUUGGACCAUAUCCUGAUGAAGAGGAAGUAGAUGCAGAUCUCAUUAAUGCUGGAAAGGAAACAGUUACUGUUGUACCAGGUGCUUCAUUUUUCAGUAGUGAUGAAAGUUUUGCUAUGAUAAGAGGUGGACAUAUUGAUUUAACGAUUCUGGGUGCAUUGCAAGUUUCACAAAAAGGAGAUUUGGCUAAUUGGAUAAUUCCUAAAACAUUAGUUAAAGGAAUGGGUGGUGCUAUGGAUUUAGUAUCAGCUGCAAAAACGAAAGUUGUUGUUACAAUGGAACAUGUGUCACGAGAUGGUAGUCCAAAAAUUUUAUCCGAAUGUAAUUUACCUUUAACAGGCUUACAAUGUGUCGAUUUGAUUAUUACAGAUUUAGCAGUUUUUGAAGUUAUAAAAGGUCAUGGACUUAAAUUAAUAGAAAUGGCACCAAAUGUAGAUAUCAGUGAAAUAGUAAGUACAACUGGAUGUGAAUUCUCCGUUGCCGAUGAUCUUAAAGAAAUGGGUCAAAUUAACGAUAAAGAAAAACAGUAAUUUCGAAAAUUUACUUCAUUAACAUUACCUUUUUACUGUUAAAGGGUAUGUUGUAAAAUGAAAUGUACAUAUACAAUGUAAAC